AUGAAUCCAACCUCAUCGAUGACACAGUCAAGGUUUAGCAACAUUAAGCGACCAUCUGGUGGGAGAACGAAGACAGCACAAAAUGCCGAAGUUAUUUCACCCAACUUGGAGGGCAAAGCUCCGACAAAUACGAAUACAAUACUCGUUGCGACUCCUAUAGUCAACACUGCAAAGGAGGAAUACAAGCAGGACAUUAAGAACUUGUAUGAACUGGAAUCCCUCGGUAUCAAAGUGGACAAGGACAGUGACGAAGAAGCAGUUCUGCAGUUUAUGAACAACUACAGAAGCACAAUUUCAACUGAAAAUGGCAGAAUCACAGCUGGAUUCCCAUUUCUGGACAACGUCACUCAGUUGAAGAGCAACUUUAACGUGGCAGUCAAACGCCUUCAAGCCCUAAUUCGGAUACUUCAAAACGACUCGGAAAAAAUGAACCUGUACAACGAAGCACUACAAGAUUACCGGCAUCAAGGAAUCAUCGAAGAAGUUCACGAGCAGAGUACAGCUGGCGUAACCACAUUUUAUUUGCCUCACCGUCAUGUUUGGACGCCGGGGAAAUCCACGCAACUCCGCGUCGUCUUCGACGCGUCCUCACAUGCCAAAGGAGAACUAAGCUUGAAUGAUGUCAUACAUCAAGGGUACUCGCUGACUUCCUGCAUCUUCGACAUCCUACUGAAGUUCCGAACUUACGAUUACACAAUGGUUGCGGAUAUCCAGAAAGCGUUCCUGCAGAUUCAGUUACCUAUUGAACACAGAGACGCGACAAGAUUCUUGUGGAUAAAGGACACAUCUAAGCCUCCCAUUGGUAGUAAUAUCAGAUACUACAGAUUCUGCCGAGUACCGUUCGGAAUCAAUGCUGGACCGGCAAUACUGAAUCAAGCGCUGCUCAAACAUCUUGAGUCAUUCACCAACAACACAUUUCGAGAGAUAUCGGAUAUGCUGUAUGUCGACAACGUUAUACUUGAAGGAAAGAACAAUGAAGAACUCCUCAAGAAUGCACAAGUCAAUUACAAGAUCCCAGCGCAUGAUCGUGCUACUUCAAAUGACAUAAAAGUUUUGGGUUUGCACUGGUACAGCAACGACGACCAAAUAGGUCUGAUAUGCACUACAAAAUCGUUUACAAAAACGACCAAACGAUAUGUCCUCAGCCAAAUCAAUGGACUCUGCUUCGAUCCCUUAGGACUGCUGACACCUUUGCUUACCACGGCAAAAACGUUUCUUCAAGACUUACACAAGAAGAAACUGGCUUGGGACGAUCCAUUGUCAAAGGAAGACAGCGAUACCUGGGAUGCAAUCAAGAAAAACAUGGUCCACUUCUCCAUCCAACUACCUCGACGAGUAACACAGCAAGAAGGAUGCACAUCCCGUACGCUUUCAAUGUUCGUCGAUAGCUCAAAAAGAGUUUAUGCUUGUGUUGCUUACAUCACAACGGACACACAAGCUGGAGAGCGCUAUACAAGACUAUAUUGCGCAAAGUCAAAAGUGGCCCCCAUUGGAACAACUCAAACGAUACCAAAGCUCGAACUGCUAGCCAUAUUUAUCGGAAUGAAUUUGCUGGAAUACAUUGUAACCAAGAGCGGACUGAAAUUUGACAAAAUCAAUUUGUUCAGCGACUCUACCAUAGCGCUCACCUGGAUCCAUUCCAAAAAACGACUUCCUUCUCUUGUUACCAACUUGACACAGAAGAUACAGCUGACUAGAGAACGCCUUGAACAAUACCGGCAUGUCCAAAUUUACCAUGUCCCCACAGAAGAGAAUGUUGCUGAUCAUGCAACUCGCGGACUUUCACACGCAGAAGCUAGCAAUCAUGUAUGGUUCAAAGGACCUCGAUGGCUCAAUGAGCAGGAGCAACAUUGGCCUGUUCGUCAAAUAGAACAGCUAAGUCAAGCAGAAGAAGAAGACUCUCUAGCAAUAAUGGCCACUAUGGUAACACCUCUCACCCUGACAAGGCAACCAAGAAUCUGGCCUACUGAAGCAGUCAGUGGCUAUGACAAGCUCAAAAGGAUUGUUGCUUAUUCCUUACGAUUUGUACGCAAAAUCAGCAAAGGCAAACUCUAUCAACUUGACGAGCACUGCGAAACGUUCAGCGGCAUUCCGAAUGCCCAAGAGUUGAUAAUCGCAGAACGCCACCUACUUCGAGAGGAGCAACAGCAGUCCGAUCUGCAAUCCUUCAUAAACAGCUGCAAAAACAAGACCAUCAAGGAAGACCUGCAUGGGAUUACUAGGAAAUUUGGCCGCUUGCAAAACUCGGAUUUGAACUACGACACCAUCAAUCCAAUCUACCUUCCUCGCAAAGGACUACUGAACGCUAGAAUUGCGGCGCAGCUACAUAAAGACUUGUUUCACUGCGGCAUCAACCAGCUAUGGAACUUCAUUCCACCAGCUUCUCCAUGGAUGGGAGGAGCAUGGGAAAGAAUGGUUGGGACUGUCAAAAGGGCCUUGCUCAAAACGAUAGGAAGACGGAAGAUCUCAGAAGAAAUUUUUUCCACAGUCCUCUGCGAGAUUGAAGCUGCAGUAAAUUCACGACCAUUAACGACAAUCGGAGAAGCUGCUGACAUCGAUGAAGUACUUCGCCCAAUCGACUUUGUGUACAAGAACAUUCGACAUGGCAUAGAAGUUAUACGACAAGACGAACAACAUCAGGAAGACCCUCCAUACCAACCUACGCCAGAAAUUUCAACACAACUGGACGCAAAGAAGGCCAUUUCUGAUGCAGAGAAACUUACCAACAAGUUCUGGGACAAAUGGAAAACAGAGUAUCUCUUGGAACUGCGCGAACGUCACGUACUUUAUGGAAGCAAUUACAAGUCAUCGAAAAAUAACCCGUGCGUUGGCGACAUCGUGCUUAUCGAUGAUGAUCUGAAGACAUCCAGAGACCACUGGCCAAUGGGUGUGAUCGAGGACUUAGUCAAAAGCAAGGAUGGAGAAGUACGAAGCGCCGUACUUAAAACCGGAACUGGGAGAUGCGUACAGCGUCCUAUCAAUCGCCUCAUUCCACUGGAAAUUCGUGCCACAAUGGAUCCGAACACAACGACAAGCACUUUACACGACAAUGAGGAACCUCAGAGCAGCAUACAAGCUCUACCGCAACGCAAACCUCUGGAAGGGAAGGCUAAGAAACCCAUCAAUUACAACGAAAAUGUGGUAUUGCCGAAACGUCGUCCAUGGAAUGCACUCAGCAUUUUACUAGCCCUAACAGCAUGCACAUUGGUACAUUCUGCACAGGGAGAAGUACUGAACUGCACAAAUACUGGAUUCAUACUCAACUUAUCAUCGAUUCCGGACCUAAACAGCAGGAGUGAAGUAUGCGUCAAUCGCAUUCAUUGCCGGAGCAUACACACGGAUCAGCAGCCCAUACAAAGAUAUCUACCGCCACAUCAGCUAACUAACCCAUAUUCCGUUAAAUGGCGAGCUAUCAUGAACACCACACUAUACGAAGAGGAAGUGAUGUGCCCAGAGCAAUCAGUGUGCAAUUCCAUACAUUGCACCUUCUGUCCCCUUCUACUUGGCAACCCACGCUGUUUUCCGAAAACAACCAUCGCAGUUAUAGCUACGGUUAUUUACAUCAUUACACUACUCACCACCAUUUCCACAUAUCUGGUGGCACGUGUAGCAGUCAUGCUCAAACAAAAAUGCCGUUUGCUCAAAGACUCGAAGCAUAGAACGAUGGAUUCUACGACAACAGAGCAAGCCGAAAAUGUCGAAUUGCGUCCGAAUGUCGAAACGCAAGCACGUCAAAGGAAAACUUCCGGAGGUCAUUCGACGCGAUCCAAGCUCAUCUUCUCGCUUUCACUACUGGCAGUAACAAGCUGCUGUCAGCAUACUCAUGUUCUCAACACCAAAGAUCUGAUCUGCACUGACUUUCUUGGAGAUUCGAGAUGUAAGAGUAUUGAGGAGCAUACCUUCGCAAUGAGCAGCUUCAUACGCGAAGUCUGCAUGAAGAUAAUGUACAAAGGAGAACUGAUCGCGACAUUACACAUACAACUCGACAGCAUUAGAUUUGAGUGCAUACCUGUCACUCACUUCUUCACCAGGAACGCUGAGCUGACAACGGUUUCUUCCAAACGAUGCGCUCAAGCCGGCAGUUGUACGCAACAAAGAUGUCGCACAAUCGCACAAAACUCGUUCGUUCCGGAAUUAAAUGGCUCAUACCACCUUCCUGGAGUGACACGAUGCCAAGAAUCGUGUGGAGGAAUUGGUUGUGGGUGCCUCUUACCAAUGCCAGGUUGUCUUUUUUCCCGCACUUACUCAAAACCGAAGGACGACCUCAUCUACAAAGUCUUUUCCUGUCCUGUGUGGAAUGAAAAAGCACGAAUACGAGCUCGAUUAACCUUCGUUACGGGCAAGGAAGUGGUGACAAACAUAGACAUAUUACCGCAAGAAACAGUGAGCAUGGACAAGAUGAACUUCACCCUCGACUUCAUUACGGCUCCCACAAUAUCCAUCUUGGAUAGGAAAUUCGUCCAAGUAUACAACCGUACCAACCCGGAGACCAUGAUAUCCCCGUCCGACGACACAUCCACAGCCGCUGUAUGCUACUGUGCCAAUGUCAACAUCACAGAAAGGAUGGACUCCCUGGAUACUAGGCUACCCAUGCAUAACUCAGAGUUUUCUCUGGAAGCCGACGAGAACUCAGUAACAGUUGUGAGCUACACCUCUGUCGCAGAAGUUUCCUUAUCAACUGAAGCCAGAUGGAAAACUGCUACGGUUAUCAUACCCACCAAAUGCGAGAUCCACGCCUCCGAAGCGAAAGGCUGCUACAACUGUCUCCAAGGAGCAAAGCUGGUCUUCACAUGCACUUCCAAAAUCAGGACAAUCGCGGAAGUUGAAUGCACUGAUCAUCACUACACGAUAGAUUGCGGACCAAAAGCAACUAAUACCACCGUACUGAUCAGUUCCAAUACCGCCAACUAUGCUGCACAAUGUAGCACCCAGUGCGGAUCACAAAAACAUGAUUUGCACAUCAUCGGAUCGCUUUAUUACCACUCCAUAUGGAAAGACGAUUUGGAACAUGCUAACAUCGAAAAAGCCAAUUACGUGGACUUAAUCAACAUUCCUGACCUUAGCAACAUAGCUCAGGUUAUGUCUCACUGGUGGACCACUUCGCUUACAGCAGCAGCUGUAGUAGCAUUGUCAAUAGCUGCCACACUGAUCUGUGGACCUGCUCUGUUUCGCAAAUGUAUGCCCUUCUAG